AUGCCGGAGGUCAGCGCCAAAGUGCGAUUCGCCGUCUGGGACGCGGUGGCCGCCUGCAUCCAGGAGCGGCUCCUGCUGCGCAAGGAUGUCCGCAUUCCCACCUUCGGCACCUUCAGCAUGGCCUCCCAGCAGGUUGAGGCCGACAACGGAGCCGUGACGCUGCAGUGGCCCGUGUUCCGCCUGGCCAGGAACCUCGCGGGCUGCCGGGACCUGGUGGAGAACCAGGAGCACCUCACAGGCCAUAAGGAGGUGGAGCCCCUCAAAUACGCAGAGGUGGCGGCGGCCGCGGCGGUGAGCCGUGAGACCGGCAAGGCCUGCGUGUUGGACACCACGUCCUUGGUCUGCCACUGCCUGAGGAAGGGGGAGGACGUGGCCUUUGUCCUGAAGGACGUCGGAGUGCUGCUCAUCCAGGGAACCGGCGUCCAGAUGAAGUUCUACUACGACUUCCUGGAGAGCAUCAACGGCCAGGAGAACCUGGAGAAAGUUGUUCUCAAGGUGCCCUGGCUGCUGGACAUGGUGGUGUCCCGGGUGGCGGCCGCAGCCUCGCUGACGUCCUCCGGCCGAGCCGUCGUCUUUCCCAGCUUCAAACGGGAGUUUGCACCCAGACCACCGCCAGGGAAACCCCGCAGGGCAUCCAGAGCGCCGCUGCCAGCCCUCGGCCGGGACAAGAAAGAGCUGCCGCCGCUGCCCGGCUGGAUCCGCGUCACCUUUCUGGUGGAGACGCCGCCCCAGGGGCCGACAGCAAAGCAAAGGAGCCGCGUCCAGAAGAAGGCCAGGCAGCCGCCAGCCAUCGCACAGCUGUCUGCCGCCAAAGCGAAGGAGAAGAAGGAGAAGAAGGAGAAGAAGGAGAAGAAGGAGAAGAAGGAGAAGCAGGCGGCCAAACGCUCUGCCCAAAGGGCGGCCGUGGCACAGAUGGGUCCGGCAGGGGCGGCACGAGAUGCCAGCGGCCAGGAGAAGUGGCGCAGCGUGGUGACGGCCGCCGCUGGAGGAGCAGUGCUGGAUGAGGCCCGGGCCGAGGCCAAGGCCAGGCGCCGCCGCGCAGCCCCGGCCCUGCAGCAAACGCCGCUGGUGGCCCUGUGGUCCCGCAGCUCCGACUGCAGCCUGCUGGGGGAGCGCAGCCGCAGCGCCUCCCCUGCGGUGCCAGCGGCGCACAAGGGGAGCGGAUCCACGCAGGGCCGGCCGCCGAGGGGCGACGCGGGGCUCCCCGUGUGGAGGCCGAUCUGUCCGCGCUGA